UGGACCUCAUCACCACCACUGCCACCUCACCUCACAAAUAUCGGACGGCGCAGCGCCCAGGACAAAAAGUACCUUAUUGGAUCUCAGCUCAAAGUCCACUCACUCAUCUUAAUGCUUGGAAUUUUCUUUUCUUCCGUCCGAUUCUGGGUCUAGUUAGUCUUGGCUUUUCCAUCAUUCUUCCUCCCUUCUAUCCUUGGUUCAGCAAAAAAUUACCAGAUAUUCCCGUUUUAUUGUGCUCAUCACCUUAUACCAAUUCCAGGGCAGCAGGGCUCUCUCCUCUCACUUCAGCCUCCUUGGUUCUCUCCCCCCAACUAUCGUUUCUCCAACCACCCCCCUUGUCGCUCGCCGAUCUAUCCUUUGUUUGCCCGGCUGCCCCUUGUCUCCGCUGUGUCGCGGCGUUUCGGAUCCAUACCCAAAUAUCCUUCGUGCAGCAUCCACUCCGUACGUUGCGCUAAAGUGUCCGUCUGUCACUGACUACAGACUACAAUCGCUUCUCCUCCACGGUCGCUAUAUUCUGUCGUCUCGUGUCUUCUUGAGCGUGUCCAGAAUCGGUCUCGGCCCAUUCGGUUCGUUGUGAUCUUGAAUAUAGCACGGUCGCCGAGUCCUGCGCGCUUGUCGGGGUAUCGAACUCCGCCUCCAUCUCGACACUCGUUCUGGAAUAUACCCAAACUUGCGCUUGGCUGCUUCGGCAUUGCCAAAGCCUCACCAUCGUUUUGUCAUGGCAGCAAUAAAUACUUCACCGCCUCCUACUGCGGCACCGUUGAACUACAACGAAUCGUCGAGGCCCUCUUCGAGACCGACCAGUUCUUCUCGUCGUAGCCCUGUUCGCAUACCUCAUCUCGAUGAAUCUGAAGGCCCGAAACUGCGCAACGGACCAGUCUCGCCCGUCCGCGUAAAUUUCCAACGGGAGAAUUGGGUUCAGCCUUCAAACGCUGAUGUCGAAUAUACUCAGAAGCCAUCGCUGAGGGCAGAACUAGCCGAUCGCACUCUGCUUCCGCUGCCUUCGCCCCCCGAAACUGCUCCUCCCCCUCCUCCUCACGGACUGGGGUCAGAACCAAGGAGCUUUCCAGAGUUUCAAGAUGAUUCCCGCGGGGCUGAAAGGGGCUCUGAGCAGCGGCUUGCAAGGACAAACAUCGCCGAGCCCACCAAGACAACUCCAACGGACAGAGUUCGCAAUCAGGACCAGUACCGCAACAGUCGUGAAUCGAAUGAAACUGCUAGCACGAACCCGCAACAAAUUUCUAUAGAAUCCUCGGCAACGACAAGCGCAAGCUCUUUGUCAGGAAUGAACGAGAAUGCUGAGGGCCAGGCAGUUGGCGAUUCCCCUGAGAGCUCCAUUAUCGAAGGAAAUAUGCUUGAGACCCAGCCUGUGCCUCUUUUUCAGUACCAUCAUCAAAAGGAUUUCCCAACAAACGUUCCUAAUGCAGAGGCCAGAAACUCGUCAGCUUCUGAUCUCGCUGAGAGUGCUUCAAACAUCGGCCGUCAUCUUACUCCGAAUUCGGGUAGCCAUAUGAGGACUUCAUUGCCUCGGCCACCAUCUUCGUACUCUGUCUAUUCUGAUUCGCGUGGCCGCUCUCCCGGUCUUAUGCCAGCUGGCUCACGUAAAUCUCCUGAUGUCAGAAUGUCGACAUAUGCUGAGUUGCUUCAUGCGCCUUAUCCUCAGCAGGCUCCGGCGCCGUUGACACCUGAUAACUCCAAUCUUCGAACUGUCAUCGGUAACAAUGCGUCUCUUCUCAGCACACAAAAGACUCUGGACAUGUAUCGUGCCAACGUCAAAAAGACAAAUGACUCUUCUAUUCAGUACUCGUUCGCUAUAUUCUUGAUUUCAACAGCCCAGGAGCAAGGCCUAGACUUUUCAGAACCUAAGGGACGCAAGAACAGCCCCAAACCUCAAAAAGGUCGCGACAGCCCAACUGCCGAAGGCUCUGUGUCAAGCCCACAGGAACUGGUUCGUGAAGCCCGACAAAUCCUACAACGUCUCGCCAGUGCCGGAUACCCCUUUGCGCAAUACUAUCUCGCGGAUGGGUUUGCUUCUGGACUCUUCAGUAAGGGUAAGGAAGAUUAUAAUUCGGCAUUCCCUCUAUUUGUUUUGGCUGCGAAGCACGGUCACGCUGAAUCUGGUUACCGAACCGCUCUAUGCUAUGAAUUCGGUUGGGGUUGCCGGAAAGACCCUGCCAAGGCGGUGCAAUUCUUGCGUACAGCUGCUUCGAAGCGCCAUCCUGGCGCCAUGACGCGUUUGGGUAAGGCCUGUCUAUCUGGCGAUCUUGGAGAAAAGCGCUACCGAGAAGGAAUUAAGUGGAUGAAGCUAGCUGCUGAAGCGGCCGAUACUCAGUACAAUUCCGCGCCGUAUCAACUUGGUUGCUUGUAUGAGAAUGGGUAUGGUGCAGAUAUCUUCAAGGACGAUAUUCAUGCUGCCGAGCUCUUUACUCAGGCUGCGGAAUUAGGCCACCCUGAGGCUAAUUAUCGAAUGGGUGAUGCUUAUGAGCAUGGCCUACUUAACUGCCCUCGUGACCCGGCUCUCAGCGUUCACUUCUAUACUGGCGCUGCUGAAAGGGGACAUGCUGGCGCUAUGAUGGGAUUGUGUGCGUGGUACAUGGUCGGCGCUCCCCCGAUCCUUGAAAAGGAUGAGGAGGAGGCUUAUGAGUGGGCGCGUCGAUCAGCCGACUUGGGCUUCGUGAAGGCACAAUACGCCGUCGGCUACUUUACAGAGAUGGGCAUCGGAUGCCGGCGUGACGUUUUGGAAGCUAAUGUCUGGUACGUCAAGGCUGCCGAUGCUGGUGAAGAGCGAGCCAAGCAAAGGUUAGCCAUCAUCCAGGCGGCUGUCAGCGGCCAGGGCACUCCCAUGGAGGUUGCCCCUCCACGAAACGGCAAGAUGCAGAAGAAUCCCAAGGACGACAAGGACUGCAUCGUUAUGUAAUGGCAGUGGGCGAGUGACAGCCUGCUCCCGGAUUAAUAUGAAGAGUAUAACUAAUCAACGACGACUACGCUUCCUCUACGAAAAGACAAACGACACAACUCCCGCCUUCCGUUGUGCUGUUUUUUUGUUUUUUGUUUUUUUGUUUUUUUUGGUCGGCAGCAACGACAAGUUCAUUCGGCGCCGUUGUUUUUCUUUUUCCGUUUUCCAUUCUGGCAUACAUCACAUCUCGCAUAGCCCAAAUUCUCAAUAUUGGACGAUACGCUUGACGGCGGUUUCUUAUCGUCAUCUCCGUCGCUAACCUUGUUUGGCACGGAUAUUCACAUGUUGGAGUCGUGUUUCUAGAAUCAAAAGGGGGAGCUUGAUCUCGAGUAGCAGCAUAGCAUGAGGAGAUGUAAUUUGACGGUCAUGUGAUUCAUCAGCUCGGCUGUGAUCUUUUUUGGUAUAAUUCUCCCUGUAUCUGCGGUGGAAACUAUCGAAAACGGGAGUCUCAGCAUCUGGUGGCAACGAGAGCGAAGUGAGACUGUGGAGUGGGUUGAUGAUGAUUAUCAUCUU